CCCUACAAAUGGCUUAAACUUGAACAUUGUUGCAAAUUAAAUACUCCCACACAACGUUUCCACUCAAGAUUUAAGCAGGGUUUUUAAUUUCAUUGUAGAGGGAGAGAGAGAUAGAGUAGCAUCAGCAAUUCAGCAGUUGUUGAUUUGGAAGACUGAUUAAGGAUGUGGAACGGCAACGGAAAUUCGGUGAUGAAGACUGCGAUGAGGUAUUUCUCCACGAGCUCGCGGAAGCGCGCCCCCAAUUUGAGGAAGAUAAACCCUAGAGUUCCAUUUCCGGAGGCCGCCUACAUUGCCGAAGGUCUCUACGACGUCAUCAAGGCCAAUGGCCCUCUCACCAUCGGAAACGCGUGGAAUCACGUCAAGGAAGCUGGUAUCAGUGGACUAAACAGCAAAACACACAUGAAGAUUAUGCUAAAGUGGAUGAGGGGUAGGAGUAUGCUCAAACAAAUCUGUAACCAAGUUGGAUCUAACAAGAAAUUUCUGGUCACCACAUAUCUAGAUGCAUCUCAGACGGACCAGGUGAUCGACUCCCCAGAACCAGAAGUGAAGCCAAAAACUCAGAAACCUGCAAAGUCUGAUAGAAAACGAGCACGAUAAUGGGUGCGUGUGCCGCGCGAUUUUUGUUAUUUUCCUCUCCUCUUUUUGGGCCUUUAGUGAAAAUGUCAGUGUAGUUGAGCUCAAACAAUUUCCCAUUCAAGGUAUGGAUGUGUUGUAGUUCCAUGUGACAUGCUCUUUGAUUUGUUUGGAACAUAAAUUUGCUACUAUUUUGUUCUAUAAGCAAAGACAAUAUACUACCGCCCUUCUCCCCCAAAAGAAAA